CAGCUGUCAAAUCGGAGCAGUCAGAGAUUGUCAGAAGAAAGUUUUUAUUCAGUUUUUAUUCGUGAGCUCUGUUAUCAGCUUUAAUUAGUGUAGUCUUUUAUAAAAUUUGGAAACUGUUUAAUAACUAAUUGAGCAUACACGUUACACUAUUGUCUCUAAACGGGGCAGGUUAAUUAAAAUAAGUAAACGGUUUUCUUUGCUCAAUUAAUAAAUUAAUGUCUCUUGAAAAGAUGGCUGCUGUUGGCGAAAUUUGGAUUUCUUGGUUUAGUUGCUGUGUAGCUCAACCUCAAAAAAGACAUAGACAUAGAAUAGAUAGGUCCAUGAUAGGCAAUCCAAUGAAUUUCCAACAUACAGCCCACAUAGGCAGUAGAGACAUGGAAAUGCCAAAUGAUCAAUUAAAUGCACUUCAGCUACAAAUGCGUAGUAAAGGAGGAUAUGAAGCAGCAUACAAGGAAACAGACUGGUGUCGAUAAAUUAAAGAUCUUUAUUCUUUUGGUUGUGUAAAAUAUAAGCACUGAUUAAUAUUUAUUGUAAUAAAACAUGAUUGUCCUUAUGCACAUGUGCAGCCAAAUUAAUUUGUUUUAUAUUAAUAAGACUCCUGUUUAAUGUUAAAUGUGUUAUGUGCCUUUAUUGUUUUGAGUUGUGAUAUUAUGUAAUAUUUAAUAUUGUAACUAACGUUUGAUCAUAAAUAAUUAGUUAAGUUUGUAUGAGUAUACUAAGGUGAAUUGCAACAUGCCCUGAUACUAAUGGAACAAUUAUUCAUUUAUUUCAUGAUUUAUAGGAAUGUAUUUUUUGUUGCAUGGUAAUAAGUUGACUUUAUACCUCCUUAUGACUAGAUUUACUUUUUUAUAUGACUGAAUUUAUUUUAAUUUUUGAAUAACUGAAAUUGGUUUGAGUUUGUCAUUGAAUAAUAUACAUACAUAUAUAUAU